CCUCUUUCGACAAGGUUAAAGGUUAAAAUUGCCGUUCAUUUCUUGCCGUUACAUUUUCGUGCCCUUGUCCGUCUUGAUUAUUGUUGAUUGUCGAUUGCAUUAAUUUAGUAGAGAGAGCUAAGAGUUGCAGCCAGCAGCAUACAACGCCACAAUGACGACCAAGAAUACCACCCGCAUUGGAGACUCCUUACUGGGAACCUGGACGAGUGAAGUUAAUGUUUCGAGCCAUGACAAGUCGUCGUUGACAGCCUACAUGAUAGUGCAUUUUUUGGCCGAUCCACGAAAGGCCCAUGGUUGCGAAUUACUCGACUGCCAAGAACGCGACAACCAAGUUUGUAUGCUCUCGGCAAUUACCGACUACGGCCACACAAACAUCGCAAAGAAAUGUCAUGAUAUUGCCAAGGAAAAGGAUGUAUCUUGGAGUGAUUUGACGGUGUUUUAUUAUUUUGGAGUCAAGAUUAACUCUCCAUCCAAGCCAAAGGCGCAUAAGGAGCUGUCUACUGGCGCUUGGGUGGGUCCGUUUAAUUUGAUCAUGGCUCAAGAUGCGAAUGAUAAUAACCAGACAAACAACUUGGUGGACCGAUAUGUCGGGCGCUACGUUCAGAGUGAAUCCAUGACGCCCCCAUUUUUGCAGAACAUGGCCCCCGUUCAGAGCACCUUGUACACCAAGCCUGAUCGGUAUCAGGACUUUUUGGGAACUUCGGCAUUGGCGUACACGACACGAGUGCAAGCCAACUUUACGAAUAGCAUUGGCCACGAGAAGGAAGACCCCUAUAGUCCUUAUCGAGAAACCUGUGAUCACGGUAAUAUGCAGCCCAUUUUACCACUUUUGGAGCUGGACUUUUAUAACAACGACAACAACAACGACACGGCAAACGAUCCAAUCCCAACGUUUCGGCUGAAAUACAAAAUCAUGGCGGUUCCAACUCCGGAUGAAGCCGUCUCGAGGAUCUUGAAACCGUUGCAAUCCAAAUUUCAAGGCAACGGUGGAUACAAUAUUAUUGGUGGCCCGUACUGUUAUGGAGAUGAUCCCAAUCCUCUUUACCACA